AUGCACUCGUCUGUCGUGUUUACCCUUGCGUUUGUGUCGGCGUUGGCAACAGCCAGCACCACCCCAGCCGCUCCUGAGACACCAGUGUCGAACAAACUGUCGGCGGGGGAUUCAAAGGACGACAAAGAGUGGCUGGGGUGGCACCGACCCAUCGUCCGCCCUGUCGUCGCCAUUCCCGUAGUGCCAAUCGUUCCUGUGUAUCGCCCAGUGUAUCGUCCGGUGGCUGUGGUGGGUCGUCCACUGCUUCGUCGUUGGGAAGAAGGGGCCAAAGCGACAGACGACGAGUCGAAAUCUGAGUACGUGGCCGCGGCCGUCGGACGUCGUGGGGGUGCUGUCGUGGCGGCCGGUCCCCGUCACUACGAAGACGAGUCCAAGGCUACUCCAUAA